CUCUCUCUCUCUCUCUCUCCUUUUUAAGAACAAGAACAAGAACAAUAAUAAUAAAAAGAGCGAGUCAUUAAAUUUCACAUGUUAGACUUUGAGGGAAAUGGGUACGUUCACAAGCUUUAAAAAAGCCUAUGAUGCGCUCAAGGACUCCACCAUGGUUGGCCUUGCAAAGGUCAAUAGCGAAUUCAAGGAUUUGGAUAUUGCCAUUGUCAAAGCCACCAAUCAUGUAGAGCGUCCUCCAAAAGAACGCCAUGUCAGAAAAAUUUUUAUUGCAACCUCUGCAAUUCGUCCACGAGCAGACGUUACUUACUGCAUUCAUGCACUUUCUAGAAGAUUGGCAAAGACAAGCAGCUGGAUUGUUGCCAUAAAGACAUUGAUAGUUUUUCAUAGAACAUUGAGAGAAGGCGAUCCUACCUUUAGAGAGGAGUUACUAAAUUACUCACAUAGAGGACAUGUUCUCCAAAUAUCCAAUUUCAAGGAUGACUCAAGCCCUCUUGCUUGGGAUUGCUCUACAUGGGUCCGGACAUAUGCACUCUUUCUAGAAGAACGACUUGAAUGUUUUAGGGUUCUGAAAUAUGAUAUUGAGGCAGAGCGGUUGACUAAAUUGUUACCAGGAGUAAGCAAGAUGCAUAGUAGAACACGAGUCUUGAGUAGUGAACAGCUGUUGGAACAGCUACCUGCAUUGCAACAACUUUUGUACCGCCUAAUUGGUUGCCUGCCGGAAGGAGCAGCUUACCACAAUUUUCUAGUACAAUAUGCUCUGGCUCUGGUACUGAAAGAAAGCUUCAAAAUAUAUUGUGCUAUCAAUGAUGGGAUCAUCAAUCUUGUCGACAUGUUUUUUGAUAUGACAAAACAUGAUGCAGUUAAAGCUCUUAAUAUCUACAAAAGAGCUGGCCGACAGGCUGAAAAUCUUGCUGAUUUUUAUGAUUUUUGCAAAGGUCUGGAUCUCGCAAGGAACUUUCAGUUCCCAACACUUGGACAGCCACCUCCUUCAUUUGUUGCAACAAUGGAAGAAUACAUAAAAGAAGCACCUCAGACUGGUUCUCUUUCAAAUAGGAGAAUGGAGUAUGAGGAGACAAGUGAAGAACCUGAGCAAGCUGCCCUUGAAGAAAGUGAACAACAAGAAGUUGAAGAAGCUGAAGAUAAAGAAACACUGGUAGAUACACAACAGGAGCCUGAGCCUGAGACUGAGCCUAAGGAGGAGGAGGAAGUUCCACCAUUGAUAUCAAUUAACCAGACUAAGGAUCUGUUGGGUUUAAAUGAAAUAAAUCCUAAAGCUGCCGAAUUAGAAGAAAGUAAUGCAUUGGCGCUUGCCAUAGUUCCACCUGGUAAUAAUCCGGUAUCAAGUGGUUGGGAUUUGAGUACAAUUGGAAAUACUUCAGGAUGGGAGCUAGCACUAGUUACCACACCAAGCAACAACAGUACUAGCUAUGUGACAGAAAGAAAAUUGGCUGGUGGGUUUGACAAGCUACUACUUGAUAGCUUAUAUGAAGAUGAUGCUUCCAGGAGACAGCUACAGCUACAGAAUGCAGGGUACAAUACUAGAGCAGGAUAUGGAUACGAAAUGACUGUACAAAAUCCAUUUGAUCAACGACAAGAUCCGUUUAUAGUGUCCAAUAGCAUAGCACCCCCAACCAACGUGCAGAUGACUCUGAUGCAUCAGCAACAGCAACAGCAACAACACCAACAACAAAACAUGAUCACGAUGACACCUCAUCAUUAUUUACCCCAAUAUCCUCAACAACAGAUGCCUUAUAUGGGUUAUUCUAAUCCGUUUGGAGAUCCAUUUACCUAUCAACAGAAUGCAACACCACCACAGGGAAACCAUUCUUUAAUUUAGAUUUAAAGAGAGUUUCUUCUCUUUUUUUUUUUUUUUUUUUUUUUUUUUUUUUUCUUUUUCUUUGAGUGUAUUCUUUAAUUCUUUGGAGUAGGUGUAUCCUCCUACUUGCUUGAUAGUUUUAGCAUAAAAUCCAUGUCUUAGCAAGGCAAUUAUAAGCUUGAUAGUUUUGUUUCUCUGAUUUUGAAUGUGGAAUGAUCUUGUUUUUGCAUUGAUGCACUAUGAUGAGUCUGCACUACUGCACUAAUGUUUGGGGGAGUGAAUCCGCACUAUGCUCUGCUGGUGUUCUAGUGUAGUUGGUGGCUGUUUUUUAUUUUUGUUUUUCUGUUUCUUUGCUUGGUUGCUCACUAACUCUGGGGGUGCUAGCAAAUGAUAGGAUGGACUUUUUUGUGACAACCUAGUUAGGAUGAUUCAGCCCAUUGCGAUGCUUUUGCACUUGCCUUUCUUUAUUGAUGCAUUUUGUCUUGUACUUUGUACUAUAUUUUACAUCAAUGUAGUUUCUUUGUUUUGCCGAUUAAAAAAAAAAAAAAAA